AUGGCGCCGCCUUCCCCAGACCCGCGUUCCCAGGCCUCGUCCGCUGCAGCCCUGCCCGCCAGCACCGGCCCGCAGGCAGCGUAUAAUGGCUCGUCCCAGGACCCCGCCACCAUGCUCCACGGCGGCUACACGAGCAAGAAACGCGUCCAGGAGCGCUACAAGAUCCUCGGCUUCAUCAGCAGCGGCACCUAUGGCCGUGUCUUCAAAGCCCAGAGCCGCACCGGCCAGCCCGGUCUGUUCGCCAUCAAGAAGUUCAAGCCCGACAAGGAGGGCGAGGUCCAGUACACGGGCAUUUCCCAGUCGGCCAUCCGCGAGAUGGCCCUGUGCACCGAGCUGUCCCACCCCAACGUCGUGCACACCGUCGAGAUCAUCCUCGAGGACAAGUGCAUCUUCAUCGUCUUCGAGUAUGCCGAGCAUGACCUGCUGCAGAUAGUCCACCACCACACCCAGAAUCCCCGCCAGCCCAUCCCUGCCAAGACCAUCCAAUCCAUCCUGUGGCAACUACUCCAGGGCCUCCAUUACCUCCACCAGAAUUGGGUCAUGCACCGCGAUCUGAAGCCCGCCAACAUCAUGGUCACUGGCAAGGGCGCCGUCAAGAUCGGUGACCUCGGCCUGGCCAGGCUUUUCUAUAAGCCCCUAGGAUCUCUCUACAGCGGCGACAAGGUCGUCGUCACCAUCUGGUACCGUGCACCCGAGCUCCUCUUGGGCAGUCGCCACUACACGCCCGCCGUGGACCUUUGGGCUGUAGGCUGCAUUUUUGCCGAGCUUCUUGCACUCAGACCAAUCUUCAAAGGUGAAGAAGCCAAGCUUGACAACAAGAAGCAGCCACCCUUCCAGCGCAACCAGAUGCAGAAGAUUGUCGAGAUAUUGGGUCUGCCGCGAACUGAGGACUGGCCAUUGCUUCGCGCGAUGCCGGAAUACAGUCAGCUUCCUACUUUGCAUGCCGGGAACCCGCGCGUUAACCGACCCGUGGGCCUGAAAACGUGGUACGACACGUGUAUGAGGAACAACAACUACCCAGACGGAGUCGGUAACUCUCCCGGCCCAGAAGGAUACUCCCUGCUUCAAGGCCUUUUGGAAUACGACCCGCAAAAGCGUCUCACAGCUGAGAAGGCGCUCAAGCAUCCUUACUUCAAGGUCGGACUGCCCGACGGCCAGACACCAAGCGACAAUUGCUUCGCCGGUUCGAGCAUCGACUACCCGCGUCGUGCUGUCAAGGCGGACGACAACGAUAUUCGAACCGGAAGCUUACCAGGCACGAAGAGAAGCGGAUUACCUGACGACUCACUGCUGCGACCAGCAAAGAGGCUUAAGGAGGUCUGA